GGCAUGACUCGCUCGCAACAUUUCUUCACCAUAGCAACGAGGAUUGAUGCACGCGCGAUGCAGAUCACUGGCGACACGGAGUUUCACCUCUUCAUGGCCAUGCGAGAGGAGUUCAAGUGGGUGUCUUUCAAGAUGACACCAAGACAGUGGGUUCUAGCCACUGAAACUUACAACCUCCGGCUCGAGGACCAAAAUCACGCAGAUGGACUCAACACGGUCAAGAAGAACCCUCAAGCACUUCUUCGGAAGCUCGGAGACAUCGAAGUUGCGGUGAUGACCCGCAUCGCAAAGGAUGAUUAC